GGCACAGACUCGUAAAAUCUACACUCAAGAGAUCUGCCAUCAUGCAUCCUCUGACAGCCGUCCUGCUGCUGGCUUUACUUGAUUCCAUUUCCUGUGUUCAGUUUGAGGCCCCUUUCAACAUGGGCGGAGUCACAGGGCAGGUCCACUUUAACUCCACCUCCCAGAUGGCCACUGUCAACGUGUCCGGUGCAGGAACCUGUGGUCCACUUAACUUCUCCCUGAGCCAAUUCCCCGUCAUGUAUGGCCAUUAUGCUCAGCCUUGUUCUGAAGCAAGUAUCGGCCCCAGCGUCUUCGUCUUCGCGGCUGAUCCCUCCUCAAACCCCACCGUCAACGUUUCAAGCCUCCUCGAGCGCCACUCAAACCUGGACGACUUUUCGCUGACUUUGCAGACGUGUAACGGUACUAAAGUAUGCACGGUUGUAAGUCAAGGUCAAACGCUCAACACCUAUCAGGCCAGGUUCACCGGCCCCGUCGCGGGAAACGUUUACGUGCGCCGUAACAAAGGAAAUACCGACCCCAGGCUGCUUGCAGACCUAGUCACUAUCGGUCAGGUCAAUGCCUCGCAAACCAAUGGCACUAUCUUUGGAUCCCCAAGCACCGCUGCAAGCUGUGAUGUGCUUCUUGGAAGCUUGGAUCCCUCUGCUUUGACCAAUCUGGGCGUCGUAAAGAUUGGAACGCCCUUAAAGGCUGAGAAAUCCCGUCUGGACCUGACCAGCUUCAACAAUCGCUUUCUUAUCCUCCACAUGGGGUCAAGUUACAAGUGUGCUCAGGUGUAUAUUGUGCCAGAGAAACAAGUGAGCGCUGUCGUGAAUAUGGGAGAGAUCAAAGGAUACUUCAGCUUCCGUCAGGCUUCCCCGUUUGACCUGACAGAGUUGAGGGUGAACCUAACUAACUUACAGAGCAGAGUGGGCCCUUUCCAUGUCCACAAUUUCCCUCUCCCCUCAGUCAGGUCGCCUUCAUCCAGCCGGUGUUCAAAUGACAAUGUGGGCGGCCACUGGAAUCCAUUCGCUGUCGACACGAGCAACCCGGCGUACCCAAAAGUGCCAGGUUCCACCCACGACAUGUAUGAGCUCGGUGACCUCAGCAGCAAGCACAUGUCCCUCGCAAAUAGAAGCGAGGUGGACAUGAUGUUCAUGGACUACAGCCUCCCUCUGUUUGGACCAAACAGCAUUGUAGGUCGCUCAGUUGUAAUUCACCAAACAGACGGCGCGAGGUAUGCCUGUGCGAGCAUUGGUUAUCCUGGUGAAGUGAUAGGAGCCAGAGCCACAUUUCAGAGCCCUGUGGUCGGUGAGAUCUGGUUCACCCAGCUAACGGACAACCCCCUGUCUGACGUCUCCAUCUUCAUGGACCUGUCAUAUGGAAAUCCCUCAAUGAUGGCAACCAAAAACCACAACUGGCAUGUUCACACCUACCCCAUCAGCGCAGAGAGGGAUGACGAUGAAAGGCGCUGCAGCACAACAGGAGGACACUGGAACCCCUUUAACAUGAACACCAGCGACAGCAGCUACGCCCUCCACUGUGGCCCAUCCACUCCUUUAUCCUGCGAGGCGGGAGACCUUUCCUCAAAACACAGCACCAUCAACCUCGACACCACAGUGGGCGGAGUGCAAGGGAAAAACUUCUUCACCGAUGUCUCUUCCUGGUUGUCCGGGUCAGCCAUAAUCGGUAAAUCUGUCGUCAUCCAUGAAGCAGAACGCGGAGGGCCAAGGAUGGCAUGUGCCAACGUCACAAUGGUGCGGAUCGUCACAGCGAGCUCAGGCAGCUGGUUUGGCGCCCAGAUUCCCGGCGGACAGGUCCGGUUCUCCCAGGCUGUCCCACAACGCCCCACAACUAUAAACGUGAAUCUGACGAACCUGAAGUCCUUAGCUGGGGGUUACCAUGUUCACAUACUGCCCAUCAAACCCGGCAGCACAGACCCCUGCUCCAACGCAAACAUCCUGGGCCACUAUAACCCGUUAGCCAUCAACACGUCAAACAACCCCGCACCUGGAGUGGGCACAAUGGACCAAUAUGAGAUUGGGGACCUGGGCGGAAAGUUUGGGACUCUGCAUGGCCUCAACCAGUCUCAGGCUGUAUACAUGGACCCUGCCAUGCCAUUAACAGGACCCUACAGCAUAGUGGGAAGGUCACUGGCGAUUCACUACUCAGGACACUCAAGAAUGCGCUGUGCUGACAUCUCAGCUGACAGGAAUACAGACGGCCAAUGGACCGUUGCUCAGGCUGUUUUCAAUGGUACAGUGACUGGCACAGUGAAACUGCGCCAGCAGACGUUUCCUGACGGAAGUAGCAGUGAUGUCAAACUGGAGGUGACCCUUAAAUCAACAACACAAAACAUAAAUGUGGCCUCCAUGUUCAUCACAAACACCGGACGCGUUGACACCCGCCAGUGCAACGGGGGAGGAACAUUCAAUCCCUUCAACAUGACAUCAAAGAGCUCCAGCUGUUCGCCAUUGAACCCUCUGAGCUGUGUGGUGGGGGAGGUGUCCGCCAGAGACGGCCCAGUCAGCCUGACUGGGAGACAGCUCCUCACUGACAGCAUCCUGCAGCUCUCUGGAGACAGGACAGUGGUCCAUAGAGCUGUGCUGCUGAUGGACGGAGACAGCAUCCUCGCAUGUGCAGACAUCGUGCCGGAAUCACCUUCCUCACAGCUCACCUUCCCGACAAUGAGCAACUUCAGCAGAUAUGACUUCCGUAAGAGGAUUGCAGAAGUCCUGGAGUUGGACAAGUCGCAAGUCACCAUCCUGGCUGGCUCUCCUCGCUCUGCAGUUGGUGGAAAGUGCCAGCAAGUCGACUUCAUGGUGUCUGGGAACGUCAGCACGGAGCAACUGCAGUCUGUCAAAACCAACGAGAAGAUGGGCAUGUUCCAAGAGUCUGACUCAUGUACAAUGGUACCCUCAGGAAGCGCAGGUCUGCUGCUGAUGCCAGGAACUUUUCUUCUGAGUUUGAUGUUCGUCGCCGCCUUUCUGCUGCCGACCACAGUUUCGUUAUAAGCUCAGCCAUUGGGCCACACCGUGCAUCAUCAUGGAUCCUCAUAUUGUAAAAAAAAGUGUUCAUGAACUGAAGCCCACCAAAUGAUACGAUGUUCAUCUGACUAAUUAUCAAGCAAAUAAUAACCGUAUUUCUUCGUACAACUGAUUUUAAGCAACACGCUAUUCAUUAAAUGUUAGAUGUAUAGCUUUAAAGACACUUCAUUGUUCUGCAACAGAUAUUGCUUUUAUUUGAUCAAUUUAUUGUUGAAGGAUGGCGAAAUGUAUGCUUUCCGAUAACCUGACUUUAUUUUUUCAUUUAUGCACCGUCCAUAAAUUCGUGUCAAAAUGUAUGUAAAUGUUUGGAAAAUUGGGAAUAAAAUAUAAUAAUGUUUGUA